GGGCCGCUGUGUUUCCUUCGAGGGAGGCUGAGAACCGAGGCAGCGUCGGCAUCACAGUCCCUGGGAACUAAUAUCCCGUCUUCCUGCGACGGUCAUCUCGAAUGCGCUGAAAGGAAAAACUUAGAAAAAUCGAAGAACUAAAAUUUUAGGGGAGUUGAAGAGUUAAAGGAGGAAAGACUCGUUGUUGUAACUUCCCUGUAUCAUGAGACUGAGAAACCAACCUUAGCCCUUGACCACGCAGGUUUCUCAUCACCGUGAGUUCUCCCAGGGUCAGUGUUUAAAAAGCCGGGACUUGAUCCUGACCGCUCUUUGGAAACAACGUUACAUUAGAGCAAACAUGAAUGUUGGAGUUGCCCACAGUGAGGUGAAUCCAAAUACCCGUGUAAUGAACAGCCGGGGUAUGUGGCUGACAUAUGCCUUAGGAGUUGGCUUGCUUCAUAUUGUCCUACUCAGUAUUCCCUUCUUCAGUGUUCCUGUUGCUUGGACUUUAACAAAUGUUAUACAUAAUCUGGGGAUGUAUGUAUUUUUGCAUGCAGUAAAAGGAACACCUUUUGAAACUCCUGACCAGGGUAAAGCAAGGCUCCUAACUCAUUGGGAACAACUGGACUAUGGAGUACAGUUUACAUCUUCACGGAAGUUUUUCACAAUUUCUCCAAUAAUUCUAUAUUUUCUGGCAAGUUUCUAUACGAAGUAUGAUCCAACUCACUUCAUCCUAAACACAGCUUCUCUCCUGACUGUGCUAAUUCCUAAAAUGCCACAGCUUCAUGGUGUUCGGAUCUUUGGAAUUAAUAAGUAUUGAAAUGUUUUGGAAUGGAACAAAAAUGUUUACAGCUACUGAGUUUUCUGUAAGGAAGGAGUGGUUAGGAAACUGCACUGUUUCCAUGAUAAUGUGAAAUGAGAAGUAUUUACAUUGGAGGGCCAGUUGCUGGUUCUUCAUAUGCUGUUUUGAAGGGCAGAUAUUUACUAUAAGAUGCCUCUGUUUAAUGCAUGUGGUAUCUUUCUAAAGAGAGGCUUUAUAGGCAAGCUGGGCAGGCCCAGCUUAUAAGUUAAAUGGCUGUAAAGUGAGGUAUAGUAGAUAAAUCCAAGGAAAGAAGAGAUUUAUAAGAUACUAAGAACACCUUAGCUUAUAAUGAGUGGGCAUUAUGUUAGGAGAAGAAAAUUUCCAAUCAUUCAGUCAGUUUAAGCAGACAUACAUGUAAACCAGAAUCAUCUCUUUACAAGUUUAUUGCAGAUCAUUUUUAUUACAAGUUUAUUACAGAUCAUUUUAUAUUCCUCUUGUGUUACAUAAGAGGAUAUUUCCCUCUUGUUUUAUAGAUGCCAAUCCCUACUUUAUGAUUGUAAUUUUUUGGUUUUGCGGGCUCGACACUGUAUUGAAGGAUGAGGUCAUUUUUACAUUUAUUAAGUUACUGUGAAGGUCCACCUUCAUGACUGGUGAUAGAAGACAGCCAGGCAUCUUACAAAGAGCCUCUGAGUCAGAGUUCUCAUUUUGGAGCAGAGUGGGUUUUGUUGCCUUUCCAGACACAAGGCUGCUAAUCCAGUGAAGAAAAUAAUUUAUUUCACACAGUUAAAAUAUAUGAUAAGUUAAAGCUCUCUGCUUAUUUAGUUGAUCAAUAUGAUUGUGAAAGACUGCUGUUGUUUAGAAAAGGAAACAAAAUGGACAGCUAUUUAGCCGACCUGUGGUCUGGCAGAAACUGCUUCUCUAGCAGUAGUACCAAAGUAAAUAAUGAAGUCGUCUUUAGGGGGAUUGCAGUAAAAAAAAAAAAUUUCUUUUCUUACAUCCCCUGGUCUCAACCCCCAUUCUUUUCCCAUUAAUGUUUUGCCUUUCAAUACAUGAAUCUUAGUGUAGAUUAACCCAGAGCGGUAACUGUUUCCAAAGCAGCAACCACAUUGAAUUCUUGUGGCUUAGAGACACUUCCGAUAGCUGGGAUUAAUUACAAGAAAUAACUUAUACUGCUUUGAGAAGGACAUAUGUCAAAAACAAAGUUCUGAUACGGGAUGAAACUGAAAAGUCCGGUAAUAUUUGUAAACAAAACUGAGUGAAAAGAGUUAUAGACCAACUGAAAAAUCAAUUUGUUUCAAUAAACUGACUUUUGGGGGCUAAUGAUCAUUAUUUUGUAUUACAGAAGUACCGAGUUUAGAAAUCAGUUGUGUAAUAAUGCUUUUGUAUGUUUGUCUUUUCCCAUGUAUUUUUAAACCAGUAAACUAUACUUGAAUAAAACUUUUCUUUCAUGUAA